UUUCUCUCUCCUCCACAAAGUUCUCGCUUCCGACAGAGAGAGAGAGAGAGGCACAAGGAGAGCCCCCCCGACACCUCCGCUCGAAGAUCGCAUCGCUUCCCUCCGCCUUCCCUCGCCUAGAUCUCCGUGCAGAUCGACGGUCCAGAUCGCGCCACGCCGUCGCCGCCGCCGCCGCUGCCAGUCUCCCCCUCCUUGUUCAUCCGUUACGGAUCUCUCUCACCGAGAGGAGAAAGACACAGGAACAGCCGCCGGCAUUACCGGAGGUGCCCCGCAGUUCAGAGCACUUUCACUACCUCCUGCAAAUCGAGCUCGAGCUCUGGGAUCUGACCGUUGCCAACGGCAAUUGGAAGUCAACGGAUUUGCCGCCUUCUGCCUCCUAAUCGCCAGAUCUAGAGCUUCAGCUGAAACGGUGAGUGUAAUCGACAGCAGUGAUGGCUCCAAGCACGAUCCGCAAGGCAAUCGGGGCUGUCAAGGACCAGACCAGUAUUGGCAUUGCCAAGGUGGCGAGUAACAUGGCGCCUGAGCUUGAAGUCGCUAUUGUGAAGGCCACAAGCCACGAUGAUGAUCCGGCCCACGAGAAGUACAUCCGUGAGAUCCUAAACUUGACCUCAUACUCUCGCGGGUACAUCCAUGCUUGUGUGUCUGCGGUCUCAAAACGGCUCGGGAAGACCCGGGAUUGGAUUGUGGCACUGAAAACCCUCACAUUAAUUCACCGGCUGCUGAAUGAUGGCGAUCCCAUCUUCCACGAUGAGAUAAUGUAUGCAACAAGGCGAGGAGCUAGGUUGCUGAAUAUGUCGGAUUUUCGAGAUGAGGCUCACUCUACUUCGUGGGACCAAUCUGCUUUUGUAAGGACUUAUGCCAUGUACUUGGAUCAGAAGCUUGAGCUAAGUUUAUUUGAAAGAAAGAGCGGUGGUGGUAGUGGAGGCGUAAAUGGGAGCAGUAGCGUUCACAGUGAGGAUAGAUAUGGACCUCGUGGCGAAGAUAGGUAUGGUCCUCGUGAUGAUUUUAGGUCACCACCACCUCGAGGGUAUGACUAUGACUAUGGUGAUUCAAGAGGAGAGUAUGGGAGCUAUGGCGGAGGAAUGAGGAGGUCGAGAUCUUAUGGAGAUAUGGCCGAGUCUGCGCGAGGGAGAGAAGGGAGAGAAGAGAAGAGGGUAGUUACGCCCUUGAGGGACAUGAAGCCCGAGAGGAUUUUUGGCAAGAUGGGUCACUUGCAGAGGCUGCUGGAUAGGUUUUUGUCAUGUAGACCGACCGGUUUAGCAAAGAACAAUAGAAUGAUCCUGAUUGCGCUUUACCCCAUCGUGAAGGAGAGUUUCCAGCUUUAUGCUGAUAUUUGCGAGGUUUUGGCAGUCUUGCUUGACAAGUUCUUUGACAUGGAAUACGAAGACUGUGUCAAGGCUUUCGAUUCUUAUGCUAGCGCUGCAAAACAGAUUGAUGAGCUGAUUGCGUUCUACAACUGGUGCAAGGACACUGGUGUGGCAAGGUCAUCUGAGUAUCCUGAAGUGCAGAGGAUUACGAGUAAGUUGCUGGAGACGUUGGAGGAGUUUGUGAGGGAUAGAGCGAAGAGACCUAAGAGCCCUGAAAGAAAGGAGUUGCCUGCACCUGAGCCCCAGGAGGAGGAGCCCGCGCCUGACAUGAAUGAGAUUAAGGCGCUGCCUCCGCCCGAAAAUUACACUCCUCCUCCACCUCCUGAGCCAGAGCCUGAGCCGCCCAAGCCUCAAGUUACUGGGGAUCUGGUGGACUUAAGAGAUGAAGGAGUCACUGCCGAUGAUCAAGGGAAUACAUUGGCUCUGGCCCUCUUUGCUGGCCCUGCGGCCAAUAAUGGGAACAACUCGUGGGAAGCAUUCCCUUCGAAUGGUGAACCCCAAGUGACAUCAGCAUGGCAGAAUCCAGCAGCUGAACCUGGAAAGGCUGACUGGGAGUUGGCUUUGGUGGAGACUGCAAGUAACCUAACCAACCAGAAAGCUGCAUUAGGGGGUGGGCUUGAUCCCUUGCUGUUGAAUGGAAUGUACGAUCAAGGAAUGGUGAGGCAGCAGGUGAGCACAGCCCAGUUGAGUGGAGGGAGUGCAAGUAGCAUUGCACUGCCUGGGCCCGGAAAGAGCGCUACCCCCGUGCUGGCUCUUCCUGCCCCUGAUGGGACCAUCCAGACAGUGAAUCAGGACCCAUUUGCUGCUUCCCUUACCGUCCCACCUCCCUCCUAUGUUCAGAUGGCAGAUAUGGAGAAGAAGCAGCACUUGCUGGUGCAGGAGCAGCAUCUAUGGCAGCAAUACGCUGUUGACGGGAUGCGGGGCCAAACUAGUUUAGCCAAGAUCGGAGGGACAGGAUUCUACACACAGGUCCCAGCUGGUAUGCCAGUGAUGCCCUAUGGAAUGCCUCCAGCCAAUGGGAUGGGACAGCCCGCUGGGUAUUACCAUCCUCCUUACUGAUUUUGUUUGCUUGCUCACGUUGCUUGCUUUUUAUAUAUACAUAGAAUGAUGACCACCUCUGUUUUUGUCCAUUUUAAUGAAUGAAUUUGUAGCUAUUACUUCUUUUUGUAAUGAUAUGAUUAUGAAUGUGAUAUUAGUCAUGAAUUUGUGCGAUGGGGGAGGGAAAGAUGAGACUCUGAGCUGAGGGGGCAUGCUUCUCAGGGGGGGAUGGCUUGUUGGAGGACAGACUUUUGUAAUCAAAUUUGUGACACUUCCCGUGUUCUUAUCGUUCUAUAUUGGCAAAUUUCUUGACU